AUGGCGCUCGCGUCAGAGUUCUGCCCCAGCGCCGACUCCGUAUCCUCGCCGCCGUCAUACACGCCGGGUGCGCCCUCGCCGCCGUCCCAGCGCGGCCUGAUGCUUUCGUCGACGGACGCCCUCUUCUUCUUGGACUCCUCCUACAGCCCGUUGUAUGCGGAGUACUACGAGGAGUACACGCCUUCGAGCCCUUCGCCGAGCGCGGGGUCGCCGGACUACACGCCGUCGAGCCCUUCGCCGCGCGCGGAUUCACCAGACUACUCGCCAUCGUCAACAGGCGCCCCCUUCUUCUUGGACUUCGACGAGCCCUACACCUCGUCGUCCACGGAGUACACGCCUUCAAGCCCUUCGCCGCGAGCGUCACCGGACUACACGCCGUCGAGCCCUUCGCCGCGCGCCGGUUCGCCGGACUGCACGCCAUCGAGCUCUUCGCUGCGUGCCGGUUCGCCAGAUUACACGCCCUGGAGCCCUUCGCUGCGCGCCGUGUCGCCGGACUACACGCCCUCGAGCCCGUCGUCGCGGCUCGUUUUCCACAUGGUGCCUCCGUCGUCCCCGGAUUACACGCCACUGACGCCGUCAGAUCGCGCUGCAUCGCCUGACUACACUCCGUCGACGCCUUCUUGCCACGCCGCGUCACCGGACUACACUCCGUCUACUCCUCCGAGGUACCCCGCGUCGCCGGACUACACGCCCAGUACGCCGCCUUCGUCACUCCUGGUGUCUGACGCCGAGUCACGCGCGUCGCCGUACUACACUCCGUCGACUCUUCCAAGUCACGCGGCCUCGCCGGAUUAUACGCCCAGCACGCCGCCUCCACCGCCCCAGGUGUCUGAAGAUGAGUCGUGUCCGUGCCACCGCCGCCAUCACCCGUACAAGAGGAGCGACGCCAGUCGGAUCAGCCGCAGGAGGAUUCAGCGAGCCUUGGGAUACUAG